GGCACCCUCUACAACGAAAAACCUAAACCUCAACUGCAUAUAGAGAGCAAUAGAAAAUCAAAUCUCCCAAACAAAUUGAAUUUGAGUUGUAUUAGGUCGAUGCUUCUUCUCGAGGUGCGAACUCUUGUUUCUCUCACAUGUCUUCUUCAAUCUUCGCUCUUUUCCCUCUCACCUCUCAAAAUAAAUACCCUCAUAAAUCCUUAAUUCUUUUCAGCAGAUAUCCCAAACGUUUUCUUCUUUAUAUCAUAUCACAGAAUCUUUAUACCAACUUUUGCUAGAUUCCUGGAUUAUAAUUGCUUCCCGACAUGAGUGAUCCUUCCAAGGGCUAUCUAGUGUUUUGGGUCUGGAGUAGGAUGUCGUUAGAAAGACCCCCCAAAUUGACUACAAAGGUAUUGCUUUUUGGAUCAUUUUCUGAGGAUGAAACUCGUUCUUUGCUAAAUCAAAAACCUUCCAAUGCCCAUAAACCUGAAGAAAGGAAAGAAUCGUCAGUCAAUCUCCCAAAUCUGGGAUUAAUGUUUGGUAGCUUUAGUGAUAUACCUGACACACAGGUUGGUUUUCCUAGUGGACCUGGAGAUACAAACCCCUCCACCAUCCAGAAGGGCAACCAGCAAUUCAUUCAGAAACCAGCUACUGAAACUUUGCCUAUUCCGUCAGUGUCCACCAUCCAGAAGGGCAACCAGCAAUUCAUUCAGAAACCAGCUACUGAAACUUUGCCUGUUCCGUCAGUGUCCACCAUCCAGAAGGGCAACCAGCAAUUCAUUCAGAAACCAGCUUCUGAAACUUUGCCUAUUCCGUCAGUGAAUGGGAAUGUUAAAAAUUCUACUCAUUAUGUUCAUGGAAAUGAAGUAGUUGUUGGAAGUAACUUUCGAGCUUUACAAGUAUCAGAUGAUAAUGACAAGAUAGAUGGAAAAAUUAUCCCAGAAAUUCGGGAUUAUGAAGGCCUAAAGUUGAAUGGUACCGUAAAUGCUGCUGCUGUUGAAACUCAUCAUAAGGAGGCUCAUCUGAAGACGGAUGUUCCUAUUUUAGAUGCUCAGGGUAUAACACCUCGAGGUUUGGUCAACUCUGGGAAUUUGUGUUUCCUGAAUGCAACAUUGCAAGCUCUUUUGGCCUGUUCUCCAUUUGUUCAGCUUUUACUGGGACUAAGAAAGCGGAACAUUCCAAAGGUUGGAUAUCCAACAUUAACUGCGUUUGCUGAGUUCAUUGGUGAAUUUGACGUGGUUGUCGGAACCAAUAUUAAGAAGAAAGAUAGCGUUGAAAUUGAAGCUGGCAGGCCUUUUAAUCCUACAAUGUUUGAAGUGGUAUUGAGAAAUUUUACUCCUGAUGUAUCUUGUAGCACAUCAGGCAGGCCUAGGCAAGAGGACGCGCAAGAGUUUUUAAGCUUUAUUAUGGAUCAAAUGAAUGAUGAAUUGCUGAAGCUUGGAGGGAAGUCUUACUUGGAUGGAAGGAAUCCAACUCUGGUUUCCACAUGGGAAGAUGACGAGUGGGAGACAGUUGGCCCAAAGAAUAAAUCUGCAGUGACAAGAACACAGAGUUUCUUUCCUUCAGAGCUCAGUUCAAUUUUUGGUGGAGAGCUGCGGAGUGUUGUGAAGGCAAAAGGCACCAAGCCUUCUGCCACUGUUCAGCCAUUUCGUCUGCUCCAUCUAGAUAUCUCUAGUGAAUCUAUUCGAACUAUUGAAGAUGCUCUUCGUUUAUUUUCUGCCAAAGAAACACUUGAUGAGUACCGGGCAUCAACAGCAGGAAAAGUUGGGGUCGUUGCUGCCAGGAAGUCUAUCAACAUACAAACACUUCCGAAGAUUAUGAUCCUACAUCUGAAGCGUUUUAGCUAUGGCAGCCAUGGUAGCACUAAAUUGCACAAGGCUGUACAUUUCCCUCUUGAACUUGCAUUGAGCCGUGAUCUGCUUGUUUCCUCUAAUGUGGAGGGCCGGAGGUAUGAACUUGUCGCCACAGUAACACAUCAUGGGAGGGAAGCAUCGAAAGGCCACUAUACUGCUGAUGUCCGCCACCCUAAUGGUCAAUGGCUGCGGUUUGAUGAUGCAUCUCUUACUACCAUCAGCACGAGCAAAGUUUUGCACGAACAGGCUUAUCUUCUCUUCUACAAGCAAUUAUAGAAGCAAUGGGAGCUCUUACUCUUGACUAAUGGAGAAUGUCGUGAAAAGUUGGUUGCUUAAAGAUACACGUCAUCUAACUCAGUCUCCUUGUCAUCAUUCAGAGCUGGGUAAUGGGUGAACCCCUCAGAUAUGCUGCCAGCGUUCACACUUGAGAGGCGAUGCUGGUUACUUCUACAGCAGCUACGGAAGAUGUAAGAAAGUUUUGUUGUUCGUUUAGUUUGAGUUUCCUCAAGUAUUUAUUGCUAUCGAGAAAAGCUUGGCUCGUGUUGCUUUAUACAGUACAUGAGUUUGAGAAUGGCCUUGUAGAGAGAGAGAGAUAUUUAUUUGUACGGUUUAGAUGGACAUGGUUGGUACAAUGAGAAAUGACUGCAACGCGCAUGAACCUUUGAGUUAUGCAGUUUAAAUCUUUUAUAUCACAAAUCGAACGUUUGUAGA